AUGAAAGAGGAGGAGGAGCAGAAGGAGGUGGAAGAGAAAAAGAACGAGAAGAAGAAGGAGAAAAAGAAGAAGGACAAGGACGAGGAGAAGGAAGUGGAAGAGAAGAAGAAAGAGAAGAAGGAGGAGAAAAAGGAGAAGGACAAAGAGGUGGAAGAGAAGAAGGAGAACGAGAAUGACAAGGGGAAGAAGAAGGAGGCUGAGAGGGAGAGAAAGAAGGAGAGACAAGAGGAGAAAAAUGAUAAGCAGAAACAGAAUGUAAAGGAGAAGAAGAAGAAGCAGACGAAGGAGGAGAAGAAGGCAAAGGAAAUAGAAGAGGAGGAGGAGCAGAAGGAGGUGGAAGAGAAGAACGAGAAGGAGAAAAGCAAGAAGGAGAAGGAGAGCAAGAGGCAGAAGGAUAAGAAGAAAAAGGAGAAAAAGGAGAAAAAGAAGGAGAAGGAUAAGGACGAGGAGAAGGAAGUUAAAGAAAAGAAGGAGGAGAAAAAUGACAAAAAGGAUAAGGACAAGGACGAAGAUAAGGAAGUAGAAGAGAAGAAGAACGAGAAGAAGGAGAAGGAUAAAACAGAGGAGAAGGAAGUGAAAAAGAAGGAGAAGGAGGAAACAAAUGAGAAGAACAAGGAGGUGGAAGAGAAUGAGAACGAGAACGAGAAGGGGAAGGAGAAGAAGGUUGAGAGAGAGAGACAGGAGGAGAAAAAGGAGAAGGAUAAGCAGAAGCAGAAUGAAAAAGAGAGGAAGAAGCAGACGAAGGAAGAUGAGAAAGAAAAGUAG